AUUGUCGGGCAGCACGUGAUCUUUGGUCACUCCCUGGACACCAGCACUCUGUACGAUGGCCGUAGACUGACCAUGUCUGAGGAUAACAUUACAGUGUCUGUCGUGCAUAUUUAUUUGGAGACCACAGACAAGAAAAUCAGGUCCAAGAUCCACGUUGCAGACAUCGGGGUCACCAACGGGGUAGUUCAUCUGCUUGACAACUUACUCAGCGUCAACUUCACAAUUUGGGAGGCCAUGAGUGACAUUCCUGCACUCAAGCAUUUAUUUCUUUGCUGCACUUUCAGGCGUAUUUAUGACGUUAUCGGUACAAGCACAGGAGACUUGAAGCAAACUUUGAAUAAGGAAUCGGACAUCUUAACAGCGUUUCUGCCUUCAAACACAGUGUUUGAUGAGCAUUACGACAUCAUUACCUCCAUGAUGACACAUGAUCCUGAUGCCUUCCUCAAGGUAGGCGGUGAACUGACAGUCUAUGACGGUUCAGUUUCUGUGAUUGUAACUUUAUUUUUCACACA